AGCCAUGGAAACGGCGCAAGAUGGCUGUUUGAGUCUUGUUUUUUUUUUGGCCCUUUUGCUUUGCUGAAGAAAUUCUCUUGCUUGAUGUUGUAGAUAAUGGAAACUGAUCAACUUUUUCGGAUGUAGACACUUUAUUAGCAAUUUAGCAUUAUGUCUUCUCAAAGGGCAGAUCAGGUCACGUUAUCGGACAACAAACCUGUGAUAGGGCUUCGUCCGAUCAAGGAAAGGAACAAGAGAUCAGAAGCUUUGAUUAAGGAACAGCUUCUUAUUAUGAGAGGAACUCAGGAUGCUCUACAGAAAACCCUACAGAACCUUGGAAAAGCUGCUGCAGAGGAUGAUCAUGAAAAAAGUAAGGAAGAAUUAGAGCAACUAUUCGGCAAAAGUGAAGAGUUGCUUGUAGUUAUUCAGGUUUUGAUGAAGAUUCGGAAUGAGCUAGCAUAUGCACAACUAGACCUGGAGAGAGCUAUAAAAGUUAAUUCUGGGGUUGAUGCAGCCAAAAAGAGGGUGAAAUGGCUUCAAGACAGACUGGAAAAAGUACUGCUUACAGCUAAAAGCUACUGUCACUUAUACAACAGGUUGUUGCUAGCAAGAAGCAAGACCCCUGAGACCCCUGAAUUAGGAUUAAAAGAUCAGAUUUCUGAAAAGCUGUGGAAUCAACUCACAGAGGGACAACAACAACUACUUGAUAAUGAAAAAGGGAGACCAGCUAGUACACUGGACAACAAACAGGCAGCAUCUAUUGUGAAGGAAAUUGCUAAAAUGCAGUUAGCAGGCUCCAAGGCACUUGGAUCAAUCUCAGCGACUUCUGUUGAUGAAAAGGAAAGAGAUGAUCAUCCAGUUAUACACGUAGUAACUGACACUGUUCUACAGAAUGAGAAGGAAAAUACUUUCAGAGAAAAGAGCUUGUCUCAAAAAAGGAAACAACGGAAGAGGUCACAUGGCUCCAAAGGUGGUAGUAAUCAGUCAUCAUCUCACAACUUGACGCAGAUGUUUCCUCCAACAACUCCAAAGGAGGAUCAGUCUGAUCAAGAAUCUGAUACCACCGCUGAACCACAAUCAGAACCAGAGGAUUUUGAUGAUCAACGAUCUGUUUCUGUGGUUAGUUCUGUGGGCAUUCAUGACUUAGAGGGACAUGAAGCUGAUACCAAGGACAUUCCAACAAUGGAGGUUUCUGAGAUAGCUAAUACACUAUUUGGUAUGUUAUGAAUUAAUGAUCUUACUCUUUAACCGCUUAGAGUGACUAAAAUCAAAUUUUUUCUUUCCGUGUCACUGCUAAACCAAACAUUACCACUAAAGAAGCUCUUGUUUUUUCAAUAAAUUUUCCUUGUCAGUAAAAUAGCAAAUGUAGAGAGAACAGAAUGGAGAAUGUGUAUACUGGUGUAAUUUUGUAAAGGGUUAAGGUUACCUCCUGUAGGCUAAGUAACCCAUUAUGCCUGGUUUGUAUCCAUGAAGAUAUCCAUGGAAUGAUUGUAGCAAGUAAAACUAAUAAUAAUUGUAGCUACACAUCCUGGAUGGAAUGCAAGCUCAUCAUGGGUAAGAAUAGGUCAGCAGGGUAUCAAGUUUCCAUGAUAGUUGGUUAGGAGUCCUAUGACUUUGCAUGCUCCUGGGAGGAGAGAGA